ACUAGAAAUUACCCUCGUAAUUUAUACUGAUCUUCCAAACAAACAUCAGUGUAAAACUAAAACAUGACUGGUUCAUCUUUUGCGCUGACCUGGUGGGCCAUUUUUCCAAAUAUAUCGGUGUACUUUUGCAUUUACACCGCAUCCAAACGAAACCUUGGGAGUUACACAAGCCCUUUUCUUUACAGAGUGAUAUGGGCUCUAAAACUGAAGGGUGUACCAUAUGCAUAUCUCUCAAACAAGAGUGAUUUGCUCUUACAGUAUAACUCAGUGCAUAAGAAGAUACCAGUUCUUGUUCAUGGUGGAAAACCAAUUGCAGAGUCCAUUGUCAUUGUCGAAUACAUCGAGGAGACAUGGCCAGACAAUCCACUUCUUCCGAAAGAUCCUUAUGAGAGAGCUAGAGCUCGGUUUUGGACUAAAUUUGGAGAAGAUAAGUUACCCACUUUUUUUGAAGCCUACCGGACUGUUGGGGAGCAACAGGAGAAGGCAAUCAAAGAGGCCCUUGAAGUGUUCAAGAACAUAGAAGAUCAUGGCCUUGGUGAGAAGUUCUUCGGCGGUGACACGAUCGGAUUGGCCGAUAUUGAAUUCGGAUGGAUUGCUCACUGGAUGGGAGUCAUGGAAGAGGUUACAAGCGUGGAGAUAUUGAUAGAAGCUCAUACCUUCCCUCGCCUGCAAGCAUGGAUGAAGAAUUUUAAAGAAGCCCGUGUGAUCAAAGAGAACCUCCCAGAUUGUGACAAGAUGUUGGCUUAUUAUAAGCGUGGAAGGGAGAUGAAUGCUCUAAAAUCCCAAUAA